GGCUCCCUCUCCGCGAUGGCCUCCGCACUGAGCUAUGUCUCCAAGUUCAAGUCCUUCGUGAUCUUGUUCGUCACCCCGAUUCUGCUGCUGCCACUCAUCAUUCUGAUGCCCGCCAAGUUUGUCAGGUGUGCCUAUGUCAUCAUCCUCAUGGCGAUUUACUGGUGCACAGAAGUCAUCCCUCUGGCUGUCACUGCCCUCAUGCCUGCCUUGUUUUUCCCGCUCUUCAAGAUUCUGGACUCCAAACAGGUGUGCGUCCAGUACAUGAAGGACACCAACAUGCUGUUUCUGGGCGGCCUCAUCGUGGCUGUGGCCGUGGAGCACUGGAACCUGCAUAAGAGGAUCGCCCUGCGCACGCUCCUCUGGGUGGGGGCCAAGCCUGCCCAGCUGAUGCUGGGCUUCAUGGGCGUCACGGCCUUUCUCUCCAUGUGGAUCAGCAACACGGCCACCACGGCCAUGAUGGUGCCCCUUGUGGAGGCCGUGCUGCGGCAGAUGGAGGCCAUGAGCGCAGCCACCGAGGCCAGCCUCGGGGCUCUGGAGCUGGCAGACAAGGGCAAGGCCGGCGAGCUGCCAGGGAGCCAAGCGAAUUUUGAAGGUCCCUCCAUGAGGCAGCGGGAGGUCGACAGGAAGAACGUAUGCAAGGCCCUGACCCUGUGCGUGUGCUACGCAGCCAGCAUCGGAGGCACUGCCACCCUGACCGGCACGGGACCCAACGUGGUGCUCCUGGGCCAGAUGCAAGAAUUGUUUCCUGACAGCAAAGACGUCGUGAACUUCGCCUCUUGGUUUGGAUUUGCCUUCCCUAAUAUGCUGAUCAUGCUGCUGCUCUCCUGGCUGUGGCUCCGGUUUAUUUACAUGAGAUUCAAUAUUAAAGAGUCCUGGGGCUGCGGGCUGGAGAAGAAGAGUGAGGAGAAGGCUGCCCACGAGGUGCUGUGGGCGGAGUACAGGAAGCUGGGGCCCCUCUCCUUCGCUGAGGUCAACGUCCUUCUCUGCUUCUUCCUGCUGGUCGGCCUGUGGUUCUCCCGGGACCCCGGCUUCAUGCCCGGCUGGCUGUCAAUCGCCUGGGUGGAGGGCAAGACAAAGUAUGCCUCCGAUGCCACAGUGGCCAUCUUUGUGGCCAUCUUGCUAUUCAUUGUGCCUUCGCAGAAGCCCAAGUUCAACUUCUGCAGCCAGACUGAGGAAGAAAGGAAAACACCAUUUUAUCCGCCUCCGCUGCUGAAUUGGAAGGUGGCCCAGGAGAAAGUACCCUGGGGCAUCGUGCUGCUCCUGGGGGGUGGCUUUGCUCUGGCUAAAGGAUGCGAGGCCUCGGGGCUGUCAGAAUGGAUGGGGAAGCAGAUGGAGCCCUUGCAUGCCAUGUCCCCAGCAGCCAUCACCUUGAUCUUGUCCACACUCAUUGCUGUGCUCACUGAAUGCACAAGCAACGUGGCUACCACCACCCUGUUCCUGCCCAUCUUUGCCUCCAUGUCACGUUCCAUUGGCCUCAACCCGCUGUACAUCAUGAUCCCCUGUACCCUGACUUCAUCCUUUGCCUUCAUGUUGCCCGUGGCCACCCCACCUAAUGCCAUCGUGUUUUCCUAUGGACACCUCAAGGUUUCCGACAUGAUGAAAACAGGACUAAUAAUGAACGUCAUUGGAAUCACCUGUGUAUUUUUGGCCAUCAACACCUGGGGACGGGUCAUAUUUGACUUGGACAGUUUCCCUGACUGGGCUAAUGUGACAGCACAUUGA